UAGUAUAGUUGUGCAGCACUAGUUACUUCUGAUUUGACUGCAUCAUAUUUCUCCAUUAUUUAUUAUAAAAAUAUAAAGAAUAAGUACACUUUUACAUUGUAUUUUUUAAGUUUAUUGUAACUAGAAAACUAAUAGCAGGUCACUUCUCUUUAUUAUGUUUAAACAUUAUGCAGGUUUAUUGUUUUCUUUAUCAUACAUUAAACAAGUAGAAACAGCCAACAAGCAGUCUGACAGUGUACAAAAAUAAUAUUUUUAUUAUUGGUAUUUUAUUAUACCAAUUGGUGACAAUUUCAAACAAAGAUUUCGAUCUGGCAUUGCAGACUUAAUACAUUAAACAUAUAAUGGGGCCUAAUGAAGUUCAAGAAAAUGCCAUACCAAAUCAAGCUACGCUCAUUAACAAUGUGUACAACCACUCUGUGGUAUCAAGUAAUCCCAGAGCCACUGUUCUUCAUACACCAGUUCAUAAUAAUCAUAAUGAAUCCACUUUGACACCAGCAAUUCAAGUAUCUUCGGCUACCCGAUCACAAUUAAAUGGAGAACCAUCCACCCCAUUAAAUAAUUCCUUUACACCCCAAACUGUAAAUCCACAUAAUGCUAUGACAGCAUUGACUCCUAUGUCUAGUGGAACAAAACAAGCAGAGAACAGUAUAAAGUUGCAAAAUUGUGUUUCUACAGUAAGUUUAGGAUGUGAAUUGGAAUUACUAGAUAUAUACUGUAGAACUAGAUUUUCGGAGUAUAAUCCAGCACGGUUUCGAGGUGUGGUUAUGAAAAUUCUUGAACCUCGUGCUACAGCACUUGUAUUCAGGUCUGGUAAAAUUGUAUGUACAGGAGCAAGAAAUGAACAUGAUUCAUACAUCGCUGCUAGAAAAUUUGCAAGAAUUAUACAAAAAUUAGGAUUUCCUGCAAAGUUUCUGGACUUCAAAAUACAAAAUUUUAUUGCUACUGCUGAUUUGAGAUUUCCUAUAAGGCUAGAAGCUCUACAACAAGCACAUGGACAAUUUACAUCUUAUGAACCAGAGUUAUUUCCAGGGCUUGUCUAUAGAAUGGUUCGCCCAAGAGUGGUUUUGCUGAUAUUUGUCAAUGGAAAAAUAGUAUUUACAGGAGGUAAAACAAGAAAUGAAAUACAUGAAGCUCUUGAUAUUAUUUAUCCUAUUUUACGUAGUUAUAGGAAAAGUUAAAAUUAUGUAUAUAUAUAUAUAUAUAUGUCAAAUAUGAUGAUUAAUAAUUGUACUUAAUUUAAUUAUAAAAUAGUUUAUAACCAA